GGUAGGUAUUACCUUACCGAAGAUCCGUGAAUCUUGCGGUGUGGAUAUAUAAGGCGGAAGGUGUAUCGGGAUUCUCAAGUCAGUGCAGUGAGCAGCUCCCGCGAGAGGAAAGCUUGAUAACCCGAGAUGUACCGAUCGAUUUUCGUCGUCCUGGCCCUGGCCGUCUGCGCCUUGGCAGCACCCUUGGACAACACCACCCCAAUCCCCAUCCUGAGGCAGGCCCAGGAUGGCCCCAACCCUGACGGCUCGUAUAGCUACAGCUACGAAACCGGAAACGGCAUCCAGGCGCAAGAAGAAGGCCACCUGAACAACGCCGGAAGUGAGAGCGAGGCUAUGUCGGCGCAGGGUGGCUUCAGCUACACAGCCCCUGAUGGAACUCCCAUUCAGUUGACCUACGUUGCCGACGAGAAUGGAUUCCAGCCCCAAGGAGCUCAUCUGCCGACGCCACCCCCCAUCCCCAAGGAGAUCUUAGACGCCCUCGAGUACAUCGCGGCGCACCCCGAAGAGAACAACAUCGACGCUCCCCAAGGACAGAACUACUGAGUCCCAGACUCCCGAUUUUAAAAAAGAAAAAGAGGGCGAAGGUCCUCUCUUCCCAAGGAAGAAUCCCAAUCGGUGGGCCCAGAAAGGAGCGGGGUCUCGAUGACCCUCGCGAGUCUUCCUGGUCCCACCGCCCACUGUAAUUAUAUAGUACCGUUCCACUUGCCCAAUGUAAAAACGACACUGUAAAUAAAUUAUUACAGAUACUAAUUCCUA